GUAUUCUACACGCGCAAGAACGGAACACUUCUCUAGCCACGCGCUAAAAAUUCGUGAUGGGAAUGAACAGAAGACUCCUUUCACACAAGAAAUUUCAUUUCAUUCAAUAUUACUAGUAUAAUUUUUGAAAAUCUGAGGUAUAAGUGAAGCGCGAUGCCAGCGAUCCUUCGUUCUGCACAGCUAUUUCUUCUAAUGCUCGCAUGCGUCACAAUUUUCGGCGCCAUGUUUGUAGUCGAGAUCCUCUUUGCUACUUCAAAAGCGGCGCUAAAGCACCAAAAUCAUCCCAAUGAGGCUGAUACGGCUGUUUCCGACGAGAUAACUUACCGAAUGAAAGGGCCUCUUCAAUCAGACGAUCCAGCAUUGAUUUCCAUCAUCAAGCGUGAUUAUUUGCGCCCUCCAGGAACGGGACUACAACGCACACCCAAUCUGCAUGAUGUCAUGGGCAGGGUCCUUUAUUACACAGAAGUAUGGGUUGACUCGUACCUGAGGGACAUGUAUCCUCCCGGUAAGAAAGGUUACUUCGUGGAAGCCGGAGCGCUGGACGGUGUAUACAUGUCCAACACCCUGCGUCUGGAGAGGGAGCAAGGUUGGACUGGACUCUUGGUAGAGCCUGACAUGGACAACUACAAGCAAUUGCUGAAAACCAACCGUAAGGCCUGGACGAGUCCGACCUGCCUGGCUCUAAACGACUACCCCGAAACUGUCGUGCUAACCAAAAACACGAAUCCCGGACCUAAUAUCAACUGGCUCGGAAGAGCUGCAACUUACAUCCGGACGGAGGGAAGCGAUUAUUUAAAAUACUCGGAUGCCAAAUCCGUCACGCAGUACGACACCGCCCAGUGCGUCCCUGCGCGAUCCCUGUUCCUGGCGCUCAACGUGAGCCACGUGGACUUCUUCAGCUUGGACAUCGAGAUGACUGAAGAGGCGGUGCUCAAAGUUUUCCCUUUUGAAGAUGUUACUGUGGACGUGUGGGUGAUCGAGCACAGAUGGUCAGGGGAUUUCCAUGUCGAUAUUGAGAAAUUGAACCGCACAAGCAAUUACACUCUGGUGCAAAUGGAACAGCAAGGCUUUCCACCAGAAGAUAUAAUCCAUAGGCAGAUCCUCAUAAGUGUGUUCGAGGACAAAAACUUCAUCCAAUUCAUGAUCAACAAAGGGUACUACUACUUGGAUGCCACGUGUGCACACGUCGGAGACUUUUUGUUCGUAAGGAAGGAAUCGGAGAUUUACAAGGCAAUGGAAGUGCCCGAACAUGCAAGCAAUCGAACUGAAAUUUGCAAGCACAAGUUAUUAUUAACGCAUUCACAAGACAACUAUACGCACACCAUGUCUCGCGAUCCACAUCACUAUCCAGGAUUAUUGUACAAGUCUUUGGAAUAAAAUAGCUCACUCGAUUAUACAAUUAUGUUUGUUUUUCAUCAAGACUAAUGCCCCGUAAUCGGACUGAGAAAGUUUCCAUGUAUACGUCUCACAAGGCCGUCGGGGCGGUCACUUCCUGUACUAGUAUAAGCCUAAAGCCAAUAACUUUCGCUGUAGAAACAAAUUACAACUUUUUCUGUAGGCUAUCUUGUGCUACGGGAUUUAUUUUCUCUUCUCGAGUAUUAAGUAUUUUUUCUUUAUGCCCCUAGUGGCGACACUGUAUGAACAGUUCAUUAGCCACUGCCAUCUCGCACGUCAAUUAUUCGAGAUCUCGACAUACGUGACGACUAGGUGUUGUAUCCGUUUCAGUGUUGUAUCCGUUUCAGUGUUGUAUCCGUUUCAGUAUUCCAAAUUCCCUACUUUGGAAUAUUACUUAUGCAUUAUCAUGACCUUGUUAUUUGAAUAUUGGAAUUUUGUUAAUUUACAUUGUCAUUUGUUUUGCACGUAGAUGUCACUCAAUAUUUUGGAAAAAUUUGCAUGCUUAUACAGUAGAGCGUACUAGGGAAGAAAAUUCUACGGUGGAAAAAUUUUCUCAUCCAGGCUUCAGAAAUGUAGGGCCAAGCACAUGCGUAUGUUCAUUUGAGAUCAAAUUAAGAAGUUAUUUCAUAUUAGUAUUGCGAUCAUAUUUGAUAUAUUAUUCAUUUCCACUCAUAUUUCGCUAGUUUUUUUAUUCCUUUGUACCGUCAUUAUUUUCUGAUCCACUGCUUGUUCUGAGAUGUGAUUGAAACUUAAAAUCUGAACGCUUCUUAAUCCCUACGCUGGUUUAGCCAGAUAAAUUCUAGGCCAGCGUUACGUUAAUGACCAAGAUUGAUGGUAUACAAUAAAAUUAUCAAAACGACUUUUGCAAACUAAAUGGUUCUUAUGCAGCCCCUAGACACUCAAUAAUACCGCGCAACAUUUUGGCUUGCGCAAUAUUAUUGUGUGUCUAUAGGGGCCAUAUUGACCGGGAUGUGCAAUGUAUUGUGAGCUUUUUAAUAUCUUAAAAAAUAUAUACAUAUUGCGCAUACUGGAAAAACGUGUGCCGGUUAGGGCUUACAUUGCGCAAUAUUCGCUCACUGCGUUUCUAGCAGUCGUUCCAAGUUAUGUCGA